UCGAAACUCCCAGAGACGAGACAGGCAGGACAAAGGCUUGGAAGACUUGUCAAGGAAGGUUCUCUCUGAGAGCAUAAAAAGACUCUCAGACUGCACAGAUGAUGGGAUUAUUAUCUAUGGGAUUAGGCUGCAUCUUGUUCCUGAUUAACUCAGCAGUGCUCCUGCCAGUUGCUCAUCCUAAAGGAAUCUUGUGUGCGCUGUUUGAGAAUGCCUCUAUCCCUGUCAGGACCCCUGUGUCUCACUUUGGAGAAUUAAAGGAACCGGGAAAGAUAUAUUGUAGGGAGAGCAACUGCUGUAUGGGUAUCUGGAGCGUCAGCGAUGGGAACUUUCAACCUGUUUUAUUAAGUUGCUUUCCAAGCAGCGCAGUAUGCAGGUCUACUCAUUGCACCCCAGUGGUCAAGCAGUCUAUGUACCACUGCCUGUGUUCCUCAGACAUGUGCAAUGCAAAUAUAACCUUCCUUCAUCAACAAAUCCCUGCCGCACAAGCUGAGCCGGAGGGAUGUGCUCAUUGGAACCAGUCCUGUGAUUGGGCCGCAACUGCGAGGGAGCGACCGUGGAAUGCAAGCGGCUUCACAAUAAGGAAAUUAAAACGUGGGUGUCUACUCAUCAGAAAGGAAAAUGCAUUGGAGCAUCAGGAACUAUUAACUCAGGAAAAAGAUACCCCACCAUCAUUGCCAGUGGAUGGUCUCAUCUUACUCCAGGUGCUCAGAGAAGACACGCUAGCUGCUCAUUUGUGGACUGGUGUUCUUCAUGGUAGGAAUGUGUUCAUAAAGAGCUUUCCACCCCCGCUGAAGGAGCUCUACAGACAUGAGUGGAGAAUCCUUAGCCUUUUGGCCCCUCUUCAGCAUAAGAAUAUUAUAUGCCUCCUUGCCGCAGGAAGUGGUACUGGAGGGAGUCUGGAGGAUCACCAGUUCUUGGUUUUGCAGCACUAUCCUGAGGGGUCUCUUAGAAAUUAUUUGACUAAUCACACCCCUGAUUGGACUACUGCUUGCCGAAUGGCCAUAUCCUUGACCCGAGGACUGGCAUUCCUUCAUACAUACAUAAGUGAAGAUACUUACAAACCAGUAAUAGCUCACCGGGAUCUGAACAGCGAUAACGUAUUGGUGACUGAGGAUUCUUCUUGUAUAAUCUCUGAUUUUGGCCUUUCUGUGGUUUUGGAGGGAUGUCGGACGAAGAAUAAGAAUAUACAAGACCCAACCAUGAUAUUUAUGGCAGGAACACUGCGCUAUAUGUCACCAGAAAUGCUGGAUGGCUUCUUGAACCUCAAGUCUGUGGAAAGAGCACUAACACAAGCCGAUGUGUAUUCUCUAGGGCUUCUGCUUUGGGAAAUAUUCAUAAGAUGCAAUGACUUAUAUGAAGAUCGCCAGGCCCCUGAUUACCAAGUCGUCUUCUUAAAAGAGCUGGGUCCAAACCCAACACUCGAUGAGUUACGAUUAUUAGUGGUGGAGAACAAAGGUCGUCCACAACAUUCUAAACCCUGGAGAAAAAAUACGCAGCUCAGCAUGGCUCUAUGGGAGACUCUGGAGGACUGCUGGGAUCCUGACUCUGAGGCCCGCCUGACCGCACAGUGUGCAGAAUGGAGACUGUCUAACCUCAGCUCAGCUCACCCUUAAUGCCCCAACAGACCAUCAAAGAACAUGAGACUCUG